UUUCUGGAAUUCCCGCAAAAACGAAAGUAGAUGCACACCUUAUAGAGAAAUUAAAAAGAAACUUGACAGGCGUAACUACCAGGCCAUGAUAAAGAUAUCAUGGAAGGAAAGAAAAAGACAAAAUGUGACAGUUGCGGAGAGAAUUUCGCUUAUUCAAAGGAUAAGGGCUACAUGAUAAUUUUGGACAGCUGCAAACACGCCCUGUGUCCCGAGUGUUUUAGACAGGCUACCAGGACGCGUGAAUGUAUAGCAUGUUUUGUAAAAACGUGUGAUAAGAAAUCGAGUUUCCGGGAUAUCACCAAGAUAAAUUGUGCGUCUCGUAAGAUUGCAUGUGCUUUUUGUGAUGACAUCAUUAAGGGAUGGUGUAUGGAACUGGGUUGUCAUCAUGUUGUCUGCAAUGGUUGUACAAACAUUUCCAGAGAAUGUUCCUUGUGCUCACAAAGAGACGAAGUCCGCAACAGGCAGCGUGUAUAUGCCAAGGACCAGGAUAUUCUCAGAGAUGGGGAUUAUGUUAAGGACACAAAUUUAGACUUGAGUACAGAUUGCCAGUCUUGUCACCGGAACAAGGGCGAAGUCCAGCUUUCUCUGUGCAGUCACGUGGUGUGUUUGGACUGCCUCAGAAAUCCAGCCGAACAUGAGGAAACAAUUAUAAAUUGUCCAUUACAUAAUAUUUGUCAAGAAACGUAUCCAAGUAAUGCUCUAGCACCAUUCCAACCUCAGGCGGACGCAGGACAAAUAUUCGGAAUGCCAUCUGUUGGUCUUACCUGUUAUGCAAGCUGCAUGCUUCAGGUUUUAUGUAGCACCAACUGCUUUGUUCGCUUUCUGGAAAGAAAUGCUCCUAAAAAGGAUACUUGCACGGACCUGUUGUUGGAAAUCUUAACGAAGAACUCAGAGAAGAAACAGGAUAUAUUACACUUACUCGUCUACUUACAGUCAAUAGAUGGGACAUUCGACCCGUAUAAUCAGAAUGACUGUAUGUCUUUUCUCCAUGUGCUGUUGGAUGUCUUGGGAAGGGAUGAAUAUACAAACGGAUGCGGCGGAUACUUUUUCGCUGAUGUCGUGGAUGAAAUAGAAUGUAGAGAAUGCAUGGACAAAGAAGAGAUUGGUUUUCAACGCGUCCUAGGCAUUAACGCUUUAAUAGAAAUAUCUGAGACAUUUGACAUGAAUGAUUUGUACGGAGAAGAACUCUUUGAAAAUGGACCACUUAACUGCCGUCAUUGUGCAAAGAACAGAAAGUUGGCGAAGACCACAAAGUUAGCCAAUUGUCCCGCCGUGUUGCUGUUUCAAAUACAACGAAUUUGUGACGAUGGAAAAGGAUUUGUUAAGAGAACCUGCGACAUUAGAUUCAGUCUGGAUCUUAGAGUAGUGUCUAGAAGUGAGGGAAAUGAUUCGAGAAUGUGUGAGUACAGUCUAUAUGCUGCAGUGUACCACAGCGGAGAUAUAGAGGGAGGGCAUUACUACUGCGCGGUGAAGCGUGGGAUUCAAUGGUAUAUCUGUGACAAUGACCAUAUUUGGAAGUGUUAUGAUAAGAGCGAAAUCUUAAAGUUCGGAGAUAAUGAUGCAUCAGUGGGAGAUGUUAAGAAACCUAUAGCAUCACUGUGUGGUGUACCUCGCCACUGCAUAGAAAUCGUGGACUUGGAGGAGGGACUGGUGUACGAUAAUAGCCGAGAGGUGUCGAGUCUCCCCCGCCCUUUGCAAGUGAUGGUCGGUGCUGACGAGAGACACGUCCCAGGCUAUUUAGUGACGACAGACGUGGAUAUGAUAGAACAGGAUCCUUAUGACGAGGAGCCGAGGCUGAAAAUGUCAUGUGGCCAUGCUAUCACACCAUAUAACUUAUUCGGACACAUGCAAGAUACCCUGAUGAGUAAAGUGAGACAUACCAUUUGUUGCCUUACACCUGGGUGCCUGCAAGAAUGGUCUAUGCGUGAAAUAAAUGACAAAGCCAAUUUAACGGAAGACGAGAGAAUAUUCUUUGAAUACAAGAUCUCCUUGAAUUCGAUUUUGCGAGAGAGUAGCGAGACGUCUGAAUGUCCAAACUGUGGUCAGUUUUGUCAAAGGCAACAGGAUACCAAGGCUGUUCAUUGCACUCGAUGUGCAUCGAGGGGUCUGGGCAAACAGUUUGAUUUUUGUUGGGAUUGUAAAUCUCCUUGGGCGCCAAAUCAUGUAUGUGGAAAUACGGAUCUUGAAGCAAUACAAAAAAUCCUUAACAAUGCACCAAGAAAAACGCUUGAUUAUUCCGAAAUUGAAGGUGUACCAGCGAAAAGACUUUGUCCAAACUGCAGAACUCUAAUUGAACAUGAACAAAUGUGCAAGCAGAUGCAAUGUCCAAGUUGUAAAAUGGAAUUUUGUUUCUCGUGUUUAACACUCUGCAUAAACGGAAUGUUGCAAUGUUCUGAAUAUGACAUGCAAUGCAACAUCGCUCCUGUUCAAAAUGCUUUCUCUUAGAUGAACUAAGAGUAUACACAGAUAUGUAUACAAUAUUUAGCAAUGUACAGUAAAAAUAUCGCGUGUCUGAGAUCAAUACAGGCUAAUGCUUAGUCAUUUGUCCUUUUAAUGGUUGCAUUGUGAUCCGACUGUAAAACUGAAUUUAUGAUGUUGGUUGAGAAAUACAUUUACUUGUAUUUUAUAUUCAAUGUAUAUGAUUAAUAAAUUAUAGUGUGUCAUU